UUUACGCCGUUAAUGUAGCAAGUCUUGCAUACACGUGGACAGUUGUGAAAUGUCAAGUAACAUUCAUUAAUUGUUAGUAGUUUACUGUCACUGUCUUUGUAGAAUAAUUUGGUCAAUUACAUUUACAUUCUUGAAUACCGCAACAUUCAAUCAAGGUCGUGACAAUUUGCUAACGUAAAACCUUCGAUGAAUGGCUCUUCGCCUUGUCGGUCACAACUGAACUGUCCAAUCAGCUGUCUUCAAACUGAGACCGUGACGAAUUCAAUAUGGACGUAAAAUGUACCAGUUAGCCAGCUAGCUAGUUUUUUUUCCGAAAUUUUGUUAAUAAACAAGCUUCAGUUUUAUUUCGAUGUUGUGACGGAAACAGCUGUCUCUGCUUCUCACAACUGCUCAGUUUAUUUUCAACCGCAUUGUAUUUGCGUUUUUUAAAAUAUAAUUCAAACAGGGGAAGAUCAUUUGGAGAAAAGUGUGAAGAGGCUGGUUUGAUGUGCACGGCACAGAGAGAGGAGGCACCAUGAGUGGGGAGCUGGAUGCGCUGACUGUGGUGAACCAGCUACGAGAUCUUGCAGCUGACCCCCUCAACAGACGAGCCAUAGUACAGGACAAUGGCUGCUUACCAGGGCUCAUCCUCUUUCUGGACCACCCCAACCCUCAGGUUGUCUACUCCGCAUUAUUGGCAGUGCGCUACCUUGCAGAAUGUCGGUCCAACAGAGAGAAGAUGAAGGGAGAGCUGGGCAUGAUGCUGAGUCUGCAGAAUGUCAUGCAGAAGAGCACCUCCCCAGGGGAGACCAAGCUUCUGGCGUCUGAGAUUUAUGAGAUUCUGCAGGCGGCUGGUAAUGACCAGGCAGAGCAGGCCGAGGCUGAAGCCGCCUCCUGCAGACGCAAGGCCCACUUCUUCAUGGGCUCCACCAACAAGCGGGCCAUGACCGUUGUGCUACACAUCGACGGCCUGGACGACUCAACUCGUAGAAGUCUGUGUGAGGAGGCCCUGCUGAAGAUCCCAGGGGUGAUCAGCUUCACCUUCCAGAUGGCUGUGAAGAGGUGUGUGGUCAGGAUCCGCUCUGACCUCAAGGCUGAGGCGCUGGGCACGGCGAUCAACUCCACCAAGGUGAUGAAGGCUGCACAGGUAGUGAAGGGAGAGGAUGGAGGAGAGCUGAUGCUUCCAUUCCAGGAGGGUGCGGAGGUGGUGGUGGUGGAGCACAACGUGGACGUCCCAGACUACCUCCCUGAGGAGGAAAGCCCGUCUCAGGAGCAGGACAAGGCCGUGACCCGUGUGGGCUCCAUCACAGAUGGCGUGGGCUGGCUCAGCACCGCCGCCAACUUCCUGUCCCGCUCCUUCUACUGGUGACCACUUCCUGUGUCAGUACCCAUCGUCACAACCCGAAACUACCAACUGACGGUCGGUCGCCUUAGCCCACCAGCCCUGCCUAUCCCCUUCCCCGGUCAUCCAGCCCUUCUACUCUCUAGUCCCUCUCAGCAGCCACACAGAGUACCACUCUGCUCAGUGUCUAUAUGGAGCACUGGACUGCCAUGCGCACCCUGAAUAGGGUUGCAAAAUUCCAGGAACAUUCCAUAAACUCCCUGGUUUUCCAGAUAUCCUGGUUGGAGGAUUCCCGGAAUCAGGAGGGAAUAAGCAGGAAAGCUGGUAGCCUCCUACCAGGAUUUCUUGAAUCAGGAGGGAAUAAGCAGGAAAGCUGGUAGCCUCCUACCAGGAUUUCUGGAAAACCAGGUAAUUUAUUGAAAGUUCCUGGAAUAACCUUCACUUGUAUAUAAGAGGAAAUAAGCUAAGAACAUGCUAGCUACUGUACCACAGGUAAAGCACUGCACACUAAAUACACAUUCAAGCGUUACACGUUAUGCACCUCACAAGCCAUCGACGGAGGACUUCAGAAUCAGCUUCUCUCCUUUUCCUUUAGAAAAUGAGCUUUCUCUGAUGCCCGACGGUCCAUCAUCUCUUUGAAACCAAAUUGCAUUGUGGGAAUGCAUGGCAUUGCGUAGUCUUCUGAGUUGGAGCGAUUGCAUUGGAUGAUGCUGCGCUUGUGGAAAUAGGUUAUUUUUGUGCUUGAGUUUGAGUUCUCAGUCUUUUCCUCAUUUAAAAAUAAGAGGCUUUUUUCACCUUUUUCUGUCUUUUGUCAACCUCUCAUUCACUUUUGGGGAGCCUGUUUAAAGCGUGCUGUAAUUAUUUAGUGUGUUCUGAUCUUGCUCGUUGCCUUUCCUCAAUCCUUUGUGUGUGCCUUUUUCAUGCUUUGCUGCAAUCUAUAACUAUUGAGUGGUCCAUUUGAACUUUGCUCUAAACCUCUGAAGCCUUGUGAAUAAUGCCAUCUCGGUCCUCUACGUCCGGAGCUUGUUUUCCCCAGCACGUCAUGUCUCUCACAGGGAGAUGUCAUAUCUGUCGUAAGGAAACGAGACCCCAGCGAAGGCUGCGGUCCAGUCAGUCAAAUGACACUAGCUUCCACAUAGAGGACUGUUGAUGCAGAAGGAAAAGGGACAUCGCGAUGGUUACGGUUCUACUAUAGCCAUCUGCAUUGGUCCACUUGUUACCUCUUGUAAGUCUCCGAGGACUUGGGAAUCCCCUGGUUGAACAGUACAGUAGAGGUGUGUUCAGACAGAUCGUUGUUGUGAUGUAUUGACUGACAUCCUGAAUUGACUUCUUAGUUCUUUCCCCUUCUUCACAGUUUCUGUACAGCAUUAUCAUAUGGCGUUCUGAAAGGUCAGAGAGUAAUGAACUAGGCCUAAAUCAUUGUAGUGGAGUAAAGUAUCUCGCCCUAAAUGUGUCUCUCAACCUAAAGCUCAUCAACAUCUUCACUAUUGUGGCCCAGCCACUUUAAUGUUUGUUUUACCCCCUUUUAGCCAGCUGUGUCCUUAAAACAAAGUGUACACACACACCAUUGCUGCUGAGAGGAAGACUGUAGAGGUGUAAGCAGCAUCGGGGGUGGAUAUGUACAUUUUGUAAAUGGUUCCUGGUCUCCAAUCUAUGUUAAUCUCUGUCCUGAUUUCCGGAAGAAAUCAGGUAUUUUUUUUUCUGUUACAGUUCCAACUUCGUCUGCAUUUUACUUUGUUGAAAAAUGGCACAGAAUAUAAUUUUCGAUGUAGAUAACAUCCUUUAUCAAGAGGCUUUGACUAAUUUCAGAUACAUUUAAAGUAUAAUGAUACUGUAGGUUCUUGCAGAGAACUGGUUUUGGAUUGACUUAAUUUUCUUUUGAGAGCCUUUCAUGCCUGUAAUCCUGCCUUCAUGUUCUCAUCUGAUUUGAGUGUGAUUGACAUGCAUUGUGUAAAGGAAGUGCCGACCAGACAAUGAAUAGUCUCCUGCUGGAGGCCAUACUCACAGCUCACAUGGCUAGUCGAAUAGUAUGAUUUAAAAUGACCUCAAAGAAUUAGCCUAAUAACAUAUAUCCACUAAAGUGAGUGUCUCUUAUCUAGCACCAGCCCUCAAAAGUAGUGCUUACCAACAACAACGAACACGACAACAACAAGUCAUAGGAUGAAGUUGAGAAAUCCUCAGUGUUAUAUUUAAUCCCAAUCCUUAGUCUUCCUUUUUUCUCUAACAUCCACAGAAUCAGUCAAGAUUCGCACCAUGGAGUUAAUUGUAAUAUAUGUUAUACUCCUUGUACUGUUUAUCAUAAAUACUUGAACACGUUAUUUUGUCUCUGUUUAAAUCCCCCAUGUGAUAUGCAGUCAGUUUUUAAUCCCACCCUAUCCUUUAAUAGCCACUGCAUCAGGAUGGCUGACAGAAUCGUGUAUCAAGUCCUCAGAAUAGUAGCUUCUUCUCAUAUACAGUGUUUAUCUGACAUAAAACGUAACAUAAUAUAUUGCAGAUCUCAAAACAGUUCAUUCCCAAUUCAAAUAUUAAAAAGAACUAAAAUUG